AUGGCAACGACGAGUUCAUCACCAUAUGAUAUUCUUGAAGAAAAAAAGACUGCUAAUGAUUAUUCACUACGUGUAGCUUAUCGAAGAAAGAUUCUUGAGUACAAAGAAGAUCGUCUUAGAAGCCCUAGAACUCGUAAAAUUACGGCUGAAAAUUUUCGACUUAUUUGUCGUGCCUAUGAAACAGUAUCUGACUAUGAUAAACGUGAUACUUAUCUUAAAAGUGAUAAAUGGACAUCAAAUAUUCCAGUAUCGAAAUAUACAAUACAACAACUCGCUGCUGAACCUGAACUUUUUCAAGAAUUAAAAAACAGUUUACAAAAGGCUACAUUAAAGGAAAUUAAUUCCAAAGAUUCAAACACACGACAGACACCACUCUAUUGUGCGGCACGUGUUGGCAAUCCAGAAGCUGUCAAAUAUUUAACAGAACAAGGAGCUGAGCCCGACAUAGCACAAAGAACAGGAAGUUCAGCUUUGCAUGCUGGCUCUUUUUUUGGUCAUGCGGAUAUCGUGCGUUGUUUACUAGAAUGCGGAGCAAAUUAUACCAUUGAAAAUAGUUCCAACAAUACAGCAGAAAAAGAAGCUUAUGAUGAUGCUGUUAAAAAUACUUUUACCGAUUUGAAAAUGACACCUUUUGUACAAAUGGCUGCACAUCAACUUGACUGGUUAAAGACUAAUUUUGAUGAUACUAAAUAUCAUAUUGAUAAACAAUAUUAUGCACUACGACAAACGUUACUUCAUUGUGCUAGUAAGAAAGGAUAUCUUGAUUGUGUUAGUUGGUUAAUCGAAGAACGUUCAGCCAAUCUCGAUAUUGUUGAUGUUAAUUUAAAUUCAGCUUUACAUCUAGCUGCUUAUGGUGGACAUGAUUCUGUAGUAGAAUAUCUUCUCAAUCGGGGUGCUAAUCCACUUUUGCUAAAUAAAUGGUGUACAACAGCUGAAGAUGAAGGCUCUUUUCAUGGAGACAAAAUAACUAAAUUAUUUGAAUCGAUGCGUACAAAAGAUAUGUUUAAAAUGGCUGCCAACGGUAUCAACUGGUGGUUUAAGUAUUAUUUUGAGAAAAGAUCGCCAGAUGCAGUCAAUCAAGAUGGUACAAGUUUACUGUACGUUGCUUGUCGUUGUGGUCGAACAUCCGUUGUUGAAUGGCUCUUAGAUAAAAACGCUAAUCCUAAUGUGAAACUUGCAACAGAAUCAGGCAGUACACCAUUACAUAGUGCCGUCUAUUAUGGACAUAUCGCAGUAGUUGAUUUAUUAUUAUCACAUGGUGCUGACAUACAUAUAGAAAAUAAUUUUCAUACAUUGGCUUUUAAUGAUGCACAAAAUGAUGAUAUGAGACAGCACUUAGAAAAAUAUCGAGCUAAUUUGAAGGAUAAAAAACUCAUUGAUGUACACUUAUAUAGCGAUGGUGCCAAAGCUGGUAAUGCACCAUUAGCAGAAUUAAAGUUAUCUUAUAAUGCUAAAUAUAAUGACCUAGUAGAAGCUAUGCCGGAAUCAUUGAGAGCUCAAUAUCCAUGCUUUUCAAUAGCUCGACGUCCAUUAAAUUUUGAUGAUGAUAAAACAACAGUUCUAUCAGCUGCAUAUUGCGCUCGAUGUGGAUCAUCGAGAUUUAUCGAAUUGCCAAUAUGUCUAACAGCGCACGAAAGAAAACGCUAUGGGAAUGCUGGUCAUGUCCUACGUCCUAACCUUCCUGCUAAUAAUGCAAAUAAACUUUUGGAGAAAUUCAAAUGCUCAAAACUAACGAUGAAAAUGACCCCAUCCAAUGUAAGUCAAUCAUUUUCUGAUACAAAUUUAACAUUUACUUUCCCAAGCAACUGUGCUGAUAAAGAUGUUGUGAUUAAUGUUGAAUAUAUCAUGUCACCUGAUGUUAACACGACUAAUUUACCAGGAUGCAUCUGUCUUUUUCAAGCAUUUUAUGGUGCCAGAAAUCAUUUGACAGCUAUGCCGACAGUAGUGCUGAAUAAUCAACCGAAUUCUAUUCUAUAUAAUCUAGUACCAUCAUCAUUUUAUUGGUUUACUUAUCGAACACGAAAUACACGUCUAAUUUCAAUAGGAGAAACAUUACAUGCUUUUAUUCGUCAUGUCGAUAUUAUUCCUUCUCAAUUAACUCUGCCGCCAGAUUUGUUUCUGCGUGCUACCAAUGGAAAAUUAUUGUAUAAUCGUGAUAUUCCUGUUCCUUGUCGAUGUUUGAAAAUUCGUGAUCACAAUGAAGUUGUCUUUCCUCACAUAGCCUAUCAUGGAACAGAUAUAAAAGUUAUUGCAUCAAUUCUAAUGGAUGGACUUGUUAUGGCAAGUACGGUUGUUUCUAGUGGAUAUCGUGUUUGUCCGCCACCGAAUCAUAUCAGUCGACAAGCAGAAGUUUUCGGUAUCAAAGAUUUUGCAAAUGGAAUAUUCGUAACACCAAGUAUACAUUAUUGUUCAGAUCCAGCAUAUGCCGUCACAUUUACGCACGAUGAUGAACGUCUUAUAGUCGUAUUGGAAUGCGCGGUUAAAAAUACAUUUGGACGUUUUCCAAGCACUGUAACAACUUACACCGCUCAUGAAGGUGAUAAUUUAAAAGAAAUCGAAUGGCGUUUGACAAAUACAGCAGACAUCGAUAUCCUAUCUGUACUUUUCAUUCCUGUGGUAAAAUCAAAAGAAGAAGAAGCGAAAUUGAGAGCCAAGAAAUUAGGUGAUAGACCAAAAUAG